CGAAAUUGUACUGUUCUUAUUGAUUUUCAAUUCUUUCCCGGAUCGUUUUUCCUUUCUCUCGUCGCAUCUAUAUAUCUUCUUCUCCAGCCGUGCUCCUUUUAUUUCCGCCUCUCCGGCCCUUUUCUUCGACUGCGAAAUUUGCCCACCAAGCUCCGGGAAUUCUCGCCGGCCCAACCACUAGCGGCGUCCUCUCUCGCCUCUCACGUCAGUCAUCUCUGAAGUCCCUUUAAUCCUUUCUUUAGCAAGGUUUUUCUAGAGAUGCCUCAAAGACACUCGAAGAACAAUAAUGAUCUCGCCUUCUUUACAUAUGAUGAGAAGCGGAAGCUUGGCUAUGGCACUCAGAAAGAGAGGCUUGGAAAGGAUUCAAUUAAGCCAUUUGAUGCCUGUUGUCUUUGCUUGAAGCCCUUCAUUGACCCUAUGUGCUGCCAGAAAGGCCAUGUCUUUUGUAAAGAAUGCAUACUUGAGUGCCUUCUAUCCCAGAAAAAAGAUAUCCAAAGGAAGCUAGCAGCUCACGCGGCUCAGCAGAAGCAAGAGAAGGAAGAAGAGGAAGAAAGGUUAAUGCUGCAAAAGGCUAGAGAACUUGAUGCAUUUGACCAACAGAACCAUGGUGCUGUUCCCCAAUAUAACGACAAAAACUACGGUAGAGACAAAAAUGGUUUCCAUGGUGCUAACAGUGUCAAGGCCACUUCUUACGAAGAGGAAGCUCUUCGUACCAUGAAAGCAUUUUGGCUUCCUUCAGCCACACCAGAUGCCCCAGCUAAAGUAGAGGCCCCAUCCACAAGCACGACCUGUCCAGAAGGGAAGGAAAACCUUAAACUUAAGUCACUCUUUCCUAUUUGCUUCACUGAAGAUACCAGUGAAGUGAAGAAAUCGAAGGCUCUUGAUAAGACAUACAUAUGUCCUAGCUGCAAGGUGACUCUGACAAACACUCUCGCCCUCGUGGCACUAAAUACUUGCGGGCAUGUUUUCUGCAAGAAGUGUGGAGACAAAUUCAUGGCUGUUGAUAAGGUCUGUCUGGUUUGCAAUAAGCCAUGCAAAGAACGGAAUUUGGUUAACUUGGCAAAAGGAGGCACUGGCUUUGCUGCCCAUGGAGAUAAUCUUGAAGCUAAAGAUUUCAAGCACUUGGGCAGUGGAAGUGGGUUGGGAUUGGUUAGACCUGCUAUGAAAACGUGAAUUGCUCUGCUGUUACUACAGCAAUCCGUAGAAUGUAAUAUUUUUCCCUUUUCUCUGCCACCGGAUCUGUUUGUAUUGUAUGGAUUUUAUUCCCGAAGGCAAAUUUUUUCAAUGUUUAUUUCUGGCCCAGAGGCAUUGCAUCCAUAUGUUUGCUUGCCACAUUUUUCUCCCUGUUUCUCUGUUAUUUAUUCAUUGCAGAAAUCAGAAGGUUUUAUCUUGUUUCUG